UAAGCCAAAGGCGUAGCUCAGAAACAUGUCAGCCAGCGAAACAUGUGAAGUUGCCUGGCUGGUUUCGCAAAUGCGACGCAUACUUUCCAAGCAGCAACCGGCGCAGGCGCCAACGAGAAGCCAGUUAGAAGCGAGGCCUGCAGUCGAGCAGCCGUAGAGAGUAGCAAAGAAAGUCCCAAUUGAAAGGCGAACUCAGAAAAUGCAAACCGCAUUCUUGUUGCUGAUUGUGCUGGGCACAACGGCGGCGGCGGGGGCGGCAGUGGCCCAGGCCGCCAUUCGGCCGCAGUCCCAGCGCGGCAUUGUCUUUCCCAAGGAAUCGUUCGACGAUUGUUUUGCGGACGAGCAGCAGCGUGUGCCUGGCAACUGUAAGCUGCUGGAGGAUUGCCCCGCUGCCUUGAGCCGCUGGGAGCGGGAGCAUGUCACACCCAAGACCUGUUAUUUCGUCAAGUUCGAUCAAUACGUGUGCUGUGCCCUCAACAGCAGCAGCAGCAGCAGCACGACCAGCACAACAGUGCGUCCAACUCUGGCAGCUCUUAUGCAGCGACGCAGCGAUCGGGCUUGCGAGGCUGCGCUUGUCUUUGGCAUCUCCAUUGUGGGCGGCCGGCCCACCAAGCAUCGGGAGUUCCCGUUUAUGGCCGCGCUGGGCUGGCGCUCCAAUUUUGAUGAGAGCAUUUAUUAUCGCUGUGGUGGCAGCCUCAUAUCGGAUAAAUUUGUGCUGACGGCGGCGCACUGCAUCAACUUUGGCGGUCAGCUGCCGGUCACGGUGCGCCUAGGCGGCGACAAUCUAACCAUUGGCUUGGGUGAGGACCACAUGAUCAGACGCGUUUUUGUGCAUCCCGGCUACAAUGACAGCACCGCGUAUAAUGACAUUGCGCUCUUGGAGCUGGAGGAAGCGCAGCCAUCGGGUCUGCGCAUUGCGUGCCUUUGGGCCAGUACCCAGUUGGCGGAGAAAGAUCUAACAGCCAUUGGCUAUGGACAGAUACGUUUCGCGGGCCUCUCCUCGUCGCAGCUGCUCAAGGUCGACUUGCAGCAUGUUAGCACCGAUCAAUGCCAGCCACACUAUCCGCGUGACGUCCUGUCCGACGGCUUGGCCGCCAGCCAAUUGUGCGCCGGUGACAUGCGAGCCAUGGGCGACACCUGCCAGGGCGACUCGGGCGGGCCGUUGCUCAUGCGAAACGGUUCCAGCUGGUAUGUGGUGGGCGUCACCUCGCUGGGCCAGGGCUGCGCCAGCGGACCACCCAGCGUCUAUACACGCGUCUCCAGCUAUCUGGACUGGAUUGAGGGCAUUGUUUGGCCCAAGCCCGAGGAAGAGAACCAACAGCCAACAUUCGAUCUACGAAUGUCCGAUUGAGUUGAACGGAGGCAGGCGCCAGACUAGUGACUAGACCAUCAGGGGAUUCCAUUGCAAAUGUAAUUCCCACAACAUCAAUUGGUUGUAUCUAGCCGCUGACUCAACGUGCAUCUGCCUGCCUGGGAUUAUUACUCAUGCGAAAGGCCGUUGGAAACGAACCUCGUGUGCUUUACCAUAUUCGCAAUGCUCAAUUUAACUUAUAUUAUAUUAUUAGAAUUAGCUAUAGCUGAGAUCCUGGUACGCUUAAGACUAUUGGGCUUGCCAUUUGAUGACUGUCUUAGCAAAUAGUUUAUUAACGAAUUUAUUUAACUGUGACAGCUUUUGUUCUUUUUUUUUUUAGUCGAAUGUAUUAAUUCAAAGAUCAAAGAUUGCAUAUCUUUUUUAAAUUAAUUCAUUAUUUUUGCU